AUGAAAUCUGGCACAGUCCCUGGACCUGAUCUUAUAUCAGCGUACUUUCUUCGGGCUGGUGGCCAUCUACUUCAUACAAUCUUAGCGGCGCACCUGUCCUACCUUCAGAAAGAGAGGAUCCCAUACCAGUGGAAGACCUCGCGAAUCGUUCUCAUCCAUAAGAAAGGUGACCGAGAGGACUUUCGGAGCUACCGACCGAUGUGCUUGCUGAGCGUGUUAUACAAAGUAUUCACUAAGAUUAUCCUCACGCGCUUAUGUGGGACGCUGGAUGAAGCCAAGCCUCAAAAGCAAGCUGGAUUUUGUAAGAGGUUCAGCCGCUUGGACCACAUCCAGACCGUGUCGAGGGUCAUAGAGGUUUGCCAAGAUUACCGCCUGCACCUUGCCCUAACCUUCGUCGACUAUGGCAAAGCCUCCGGUAGCGUAGAAACGAAUGCAAUACUGUCUGCGCUGGUCGAUCAAGGUGUGGACGUGUCAUAUAUGAGAACAUUAGCCAGUUGCUACGAUCGAUGCACCACUAGGAUACAACUUUUCCAUCGCUCCCUCACCAUACCCAUUGGAAAGGAGGUGCGACAAGUUGAUACUAUAUCGCCGAAGCUGUUCACGGCUGCAUUGCAAUGGAUAAUGGGGCAUACGUGUUGA